AUGGGUGGGCUUUUGGAUGAAAUGACAUACGAUUAUAGCUUUUACUCCUUCGUUUCUUUAAUACUUUUCGCUCAUGCUUUUUUUUUUCUUUAUCUAGGUAAGAUAACUUUUGAGAAGCUUACCAACCAAGACUAUUCGGGCUCCGUUUACUAUACCGUGUGGAACGUCUCUUUGUACGAGUGCUUGGGGUGGUGCCGAGAUGAACCUGAGUGUGCAGCAGCCGUCUUCAGCUUCGUCGUUAACCCUCUGACGCCCACACAAGAGACCACCUGCCAGCUGCAGAAUGAGACGCAGGCCACCAGACCCACGGCAGUACCGCAGCGAAGCAUCAACACCUACUUCCUCGUCAAGACGCAUCUUCGAGCUGAAAGCGUCUGCAGCAGGUUGUGGUCUUUCGAACGCGUUCCAAACCAGAGUCUCCGGGGCCUGGAAAAUGCCAUCAUCUUCACGUCGAACAAGGAAGCCUGUCUCUCGGCCUGUCUGUCCGAAGUUCGAUUCGUGUGCAGAUCCGUGGAGUUCAACUAUGUCACCAAGGAGUGCCGACUGAGCGAGUUCGAUAGGAGAUCGCCAGGAGUCUAUGUCCACAUGGUGGAAUCGCAGGGAGUGGACUAUUUCGAGAAUGCGUGCCUGCAGCCUGACAAAGUGUGUCGUGGACCGAAGAAUUACGGAUAUGCUCCAGUCAAUCUACCACAGGCAUCACUCACUUAUUAUAUCGAUCUUAACUACUACCUCGACAAACAGAUUCUGGUGAAUACCAGACAAGAGUGCCUGCAGCAGUGUUCCCUGGAGCGUGAAUUCGUGUGUCGUUCCGUUUUGUUCAGAGCCGACCCUCGAACCAAGAAGGCCAUCUGCAAACUCUUCCACCUUGACCACGUCAUGUUCCCCGAUGGUGCGGAAACCUUCGCCACGCCCAACCCGUUCCCGCUCUUGGACACCGGGGACAGCACGGGAGUCUACCUCGAAGCAAUUUGUGCAAAUGACACUUCUAAACGCACUAAGCCUUCUAAAGGGAACAUCAAUCUGAGCUUGCAAUCCCAGCAGCAGCAGCAACCUACUUCUGUUCCUAUAUUCUCAGAAACCCAAGACCCCUCUUGUGAUGUUUAUGGUGUUUGUUACGAUGUGUCCAUCCAGUGCACCGACUCCAAGAUCAUCGUGUACGUGAAGACGAACCGCCACUUCCACGGCCGCAUCUACGCCCUGGGCCGCAGCGAGACCUGCCACGCCAACGUCCUCAACAGCAACCAAUUCCGACUCGACCUCUCCCUCAGCGGUCAAGACUGCAACACACAGUCGAUGGGUGGCGUUUACACGAACACUGUUGUGCUGCAGCAUCACAACGUCGUGAUGACCAGGACCGAUAAGGUGUACAACGUGAGGUGCACUUACGAGGUGACUUCGAGAAACAUCUCUUUUGGAAUGAUGCCAAUCAGGGAUCCCGACACCAUGCAAGUGACAGCAUCACCGGAAGCUCCCCUGCCGAAGAUCGUGAUUCUGGGCAUGGAAGGAAGGGAGGCCUCGACGGUCAGGAUCGGAGACAAACUCACUUUCAGGAUCGAGAUCCCCGAAGGAACCCCAUAUGGAAUUUUCGCUCGAAGCUGUGUGGCCAUGGCUAAAGACGCUAGAAGUGUUUUUGAAGUUAUUGAUGACAGAGGCUGCCCCGUGGAUGCUAACAUAUUCCCCCGCUUCCGUGAAAUUGGCAGCGCCUUAGAGAGCAGCUACGAAGCCUUUAGAUUCACAGAGUCCUAUGGAGUUAUAUUCCAGUGCAACGUGAAAUAUUGCAUCGGGAAAUGCGAACCAGUGAAUUGCGGACUCGGCAUGGAGAAGACCAGUUCUUGGGGACGUCGCAAGAGGUCGCAACCCAUCGAAAAGGAGGACAGCGAGAUGACGCUCAGUCACGAAAUUUUGGUCCUCGACUUCGGCGACGAAUCGGUCAAUUCCAUGAGGGAUGUUAACAGCGUUAAUGAGAGUAGUCACUACCGAGAAUCUGUCCUCAUGAUGGAAUCCUGCGCCUCCAAGACGAGUCUCAUGGCCUUAAGCGUGACCAGCGCACUACUCCUCGUCUUCUACAUUUGCACUGUAGCCUACUUCGUGGCCCAGAGGAGAGUCAUCAAGGAAUUCCGAUAG